CGGGACUUUCCAUGACUGUCAUCGUUAGAUGAGGAACUGAGUCACAGUUAGCUGUAGUUGGCAAUCGAGACGUAGACAUGUGUGGAAUUUUUGCCUAUCUGAACUACCAUGUGCCACGGACUCGCCGGGAGAUCCUGGAGAUCCUACUCAAAGGCCUGCUCCGUCUGGAGUACCGUGGCUACGACUCUGCCGGUGUUGGAAUUGAUGGAGGGAACGGUAAGGAAUGGGAGGCCAAUGCCCGGUCUAUUCAGCUGAUCAAGCAGAGCGGAAAAGUGAAGGCUCUUGACGAUGAGAUCACCAAGCAGCAGGACAUGGACAUGGAUGUGGAGUUUGAUGUCCACCUUGGCAUCGCCCACACUCGCUGGGCUACCCAUGGUGCCCCCAGCCCUGUCAACAGCCACCCACAAAGGUCUGACAAGAGCAACGAGUUCAUUGUCAUUCAUAAUGGAAUUAUCACAAACUACAAAGACCUGCGGAAAUUCCUGGAGAGCAAGGGUUAUGAGUUUGAGUCUGAGACAGACACAGAGACCAUUGCCAAGCUGGUGAAGUACAUGUAUGACAACCGUGAGAGUGAAGACCUCAGCUUUGCUACUCUGGUGGAGAGAGUGACCCAGCAGCUGGAGGGAGCUUUUGUCCUGGUCUUCAAGAGUGUCCAUUACCCUGGGGAGGCAGUAGGCACUCGGAGGGGAGGUCCUCUGCUUAUUGGGGUGAAAAGUGACCACAAGCUGUCCACAGAUCACAUUCCUAUCCUGUACCGAUCAUCCGGUAAGGACAAGAAGGGCUGCCCCACCCUGCCCAGGAUGGAGCAGGACACCUGCCACACACUCUUCGCUGAGGACAAGAAGUCUGUGGAGUACUACUUUGCCUCUGAUGCCAGUGCGGUGAUUGAGCACACCAACCGGGUGAUUUUCCUGGAGGAUGAUGACGUGGCAGCGGUGACAAACGGACGACUCACCAUCCACCGCAUCAAGCGUACAGCCGGAGACCACCCUGCCCGCGCCAUCCAGACCCUGCAGAUGGAGCUGCAGCAGAUCAUGAAGGGUAACUACAGCUCCUUUAUGCAGAAGGAGAUCUUUGAACAGCCAGAGUCUGUGGUUAACACCAUGAGAGGAAGGGUCAACUUUGAUGACAACACGGUAAUCUUGGGUGGACUGAAGGAUCAUAUUAAAGAGAUACAAAGGUGUCGACGGCUCAUCCUAAUCGCCUGUGGCACCAGUUACCAUGCUGGGGUGGCGACUCGCCAGGUACUGGAGGAGCUGACUGAGCUGCCUGUUAUGGUGGAGCUGGCCAGCGACUUCCUGGAUAGAAACACACCAGUGUUCCGUGACGACGUCUGCUUCUUCAUCAGCCAAUCAGGUGAGACAGCAGACAGCCUGAUGGCCCUGCACUACUGUAAGGAGAGAGGAGCCCUGACGGUGGGCGUCACCAACACAGUGGGCAGCUCCAUCUCCAGAGAGACCGACUGUGGGGUGCACAUCAACGCUGGGCCAGAGAUAGGAGUGGCCAGCACCAAGGCCUACACCAGUCAGUUUGUGGCUCUGAUCAUGUUUGCGCUGUUGAUGUGUGAUGACAGGAUCUCCAUGCAGCCACGGCGACGUGAGAUCAUCCAGGGCCUGAGAGUUCUGCCAGACCUGAUCAAGGAGGUGCUGAGUCUGGAUGAUGAGAUCCAGAGACUGGCCGCAGAGCUGUACCAGCAGAAGAGUGUUCUCAUCAUGGGCCGAGGCUACCACUACGCCACCUGCUUGGAGGGAGCACUGAAAAUCAAGGAGAUCACGUACAUGCACUCUGAGGGCAUCCUGGCUGGGGAGCUGAAGCACGGCCCUCUGGCCCUGGUCGACAAACUCAUGCCCGUCAUCAUGAUCAUCAUGAGAGACCACACCUACACCAAGUGUCAGAACGCACUUCAGCAGGUGGUGGCCCGCGCGGGCCGACCCAUCGUGAUCUGUGACAAGGAUGACUAUGAAACUGCCAAGUGCUCAAGCCGCACCAUCAAAGUGCCGCACUGUGUGGACUGUCUGCAGGGCGUUCUGAGUGUCAUCCCCCUGCAGCUGCUCUCCUUCCACCUGGCUGUGCUCAGGGGCUUUGACGUGGAUUUCCCAAGGAACCUGGCCAAGUCUGUGACGGUAGAGUGAAACAGGCCAUUUGAAGCCCCAAAAACCCAUUUCACCUCACAUACAUACAUACAUACAUACAUACAUACAUACAUACAUACAUACAUACAUACAUACAUACAUACGUAGUACGCAGGAACAGCUGUCACAUGGAUACCAAGAGGAGCAGAGAGAGCACACUUUCCUGUUUUAUGUCUUGUGUCAUAUAUUUUUAUGCAAUUGUUACUCUUGUACUCUAAGCAUUCUGUAUCACUGUCACUUCUCUCAACACAUUUGAAGGCAUUGUUAUGAAUUGUGUUUUUUUUUUUUUUGUCAAGUGUGGUAAGGUAAGGGUUGGCAGUAAUGUUGGCAUUUAGGAGCUCACAUCGGUUACUGGAGUGUAUGCAGUUAAUGAAUCAACUAAAGGAAAGAUGGAAAAAUAUCUAUUUUCUAAUGGAAACUAAAGGAAAGACAGCUAUUUUGGAUGAUGCCCAACAGUGCUCAUAACUGAAAUGUGCACAUCUUUUCAAUGUUGAGUACUUGCAGCUGGUUUUUCAGUUAAUUCAGCUGUUAGCUGAAGUCAAGAGUCUAUAUGAAAAUCUUACUGAAGUUACUGGUUCUUUCGGUGUUUCAUUGGUGCAAUGAUUUUUUUGGUCUAUUGAGAUCAGUUUUCUUUGGCAGCUAGAACAUCUAUAACGGUCAUUUGAAAUGUUUCUGUUACUUUUGUGUAUGUUGAGUGAAGUCUUAAAUCAUUCCGAGUCAUAUUGUAGUCCUGACUCUAAAUCUGAAGUGCUUCCAGGAAGAAAGUGUCAAGUCAUGCUUUAGUCUACUGACCUGUGCCAGAGGCUAUUGAGAACUCCCCCCUUGUUUUCCUCGGAAUGCCAUAAUGACAAAUUAUUUUGGAUUUGUAACUUGUAAAAGUUUUGAAUGUUUUAUAGUACAAUAAGAAACUUGUAACAUACUUCCUUGUGUAUACUAUUGUGUAAUGUUUUUAGUCCUUGGAUAGGUUACAAAAGCAACUUGCAGUGAUGCACUCCUUGUGGUUUGGCAGACCUCCUAUAGGAGAGUUCACAAACUCUUGCCUAAACCAUGUUGAGCAUCUGAAUGAUUGACUGUCCUGGCAUAAUAAUCAUGCUUUUAAAAUUCUAACAGCUACUGUGUCUGAGAGACAUGAUUUGUAUCAUUUACCCAAUAAUUUGAAAGAUGGCACCGUACAAUGUUAGAAAUCUACAAUGAAGACGAGUGAAACAUUGAAAUGAUCACUUAUCUCUCUAAGCCUAUAGGUUACUGUCAUUGUGACUUGGGGGAAGUGUAGCAAUAUUCAAAACUCUUCAAUUUCACUGGUCUUGUUGACCUAUUUUCUGCCUUGUUGCUUAGGAGGCUCAAUUUGGGUCUCUGGUCUACAAUAUAACUCUAAAUAGAAGAAAAAGAACCAAGUGAAAUGAAGUUGCUGCUCAGAGCACAAUUUGCACCAACAUUUUGCCUACCCCAUGCCCUGCCACCAUACCGAUUUUUAAUUGCAAUAUUGGGACCAUUUUUUUUCUUCUACAUUUCUAUUAAUUUGUACGUUUCUAAUUUUGUUUACUUGGUAGAAAGCUUUUUUAUAUAUUAUUGAAGUUAUUAGUUGAUCUGAAUGUGACUGACAUUCGAGAUGUCCCCUGUACCCAAAAAAGGUCACUGUAUCUUACAAUCGAUUAUGCAGUCAGAAACCAAAACACCUUUUCUAUGUUAAUUUUGCUUUGAGUAACCAAAGGUAUGGUUUUAGAGAUUAUGUUCAUAGGGGUUUGUGUGUACUGUAAGUGGUCUGUCCAGAAGAGGCCUACAGGGCAAUACAGCAAGCUUGUUAAAAUAUGUAGCUGCUAUUUUAGAUGGAACUCAACUUGUCAGCUGUGUGUUCUCCCAAAUGUCUAAUAAAUGAGUCUUUAUAAACCAAGGUUGAAGCAAAGCAGAUACUGGUUUGUAUGUAACAUCACGGAGAAGAAAAAAUACUUUCUAUAUAAUGGGCUAUUUAGUUAUUUGUUUGUAUUUCACUUUUCACCUUUUCAGUUUAAGAUCUUUGUCUUGCUGUCGCAAUCAAGCCUUAAAAUUGUACCUUUUAGGCAAAUCACCUGAAAAGUGGUCUCUAUUCAGCCUUUGCAUCUGUUUCUUCUUAAUUGUAUUGCAUUUACUGAGCCAGUGUACUGUAUGCGCCCACGUUGACUAAAGACCCGAGCAAAGACCCAGUUUUAAACUGGACAUGGUGCUAUUCGAAGUGAUUUAGUAACCCAUGUAAAAUUGCAGGUGUUUGACAGGUUUUUAGACUUGAAGUAUGGACAAGGGAACCGCUUUAGAGUCUUUCUAUAAAUAACGGGGCCAAUGUGUGACAUUGGGAGCAAAAUUUCUAAAUGGUUUGAAAUAAAAAGGCUUUUCAUGCAGUUCCACAUGUGUACUUAAAGGAAUAAAAGUGAAUAUAUGCAAAUUGACUCAACUCCUAUACAACAACAUGGGCCUGGGACUAUAUAUCCUUUAAGGUUCAUACAGACAUUGGCAAGUUGAAUUCAGGACUUUCAGGGAUUUUUUUCAAGCACUUAUUUGUAAUUUUCAAAGACCUUUUAUGUUAUACAAUUGUAUAAUUUAUAUAGUGCCUUCAGAAAGUAUUCAAACCCCUUGACUUUUCCCACAUUUUGUUAGCCUGAAUUCAAAAUGGAUUAAAUAGAUUUAUUUUUUUAAGCUUGCCAUAACGAAGGGGUAGAGUACCUAUUUACUCAAGACAUUUCAGUUUUAGAAUGUUUUUAAAUUUGUAAACAUUUCUAAAAACAAUUCCACUUUGACAUCAUGUUGUAUUGUGUGUAGGUCAGUAACCAAAACAAAAUAUCUGCAUUGUAACAACAAAAUGUGGAAAAAGUCAAGGGGUGUGAAUAAUUUCUGAAUGCACUGUAAUUGUACAUAUAGGGCCUAAUAUAGAACCCCCCCCCACACACACACAAAAAAGCAUGCAAAAAAAGUGUGCCAAUGCAUUGAUAUUCAAAUUAUUAUUAAUACAAUUCUAAAAUAUGUGAGAAUAAUGAGGACAUUGCCUGACUAAAUAGACUGAAUGCAUGCAUGGUGAUUUUGAAGUUCAAUCCCCUGAUGUCUUAAUGUAAUAACAUGAAAAAAUUGGCAGAUAAUUAUCACUGACUUAUCAACAGCUGUAACAAGUUGUCCACUGUAGGAAAUCCUCAGUGGUACACUACUUCCGAGUUUCCCAAACUCAGUCCUGCCCCCCCCCCCCCCCCCCCCCCCCUAGGUACGCGUUUAGUUUUUUGCCCUAGCACUAUAGAGCUGAGUUAAAUAGUCAAAGCUUGAUGAGUUGGUUAAUAGAAUCCGCUGUGUAGUGCUAGGACAAAAAAACUAAAACGUGCACCUGGGGGGGCCUCAGGACCUAGUUUUGGAACCCUGCUUUAGUUUAUAAAAAGACUCAUUAACAUUCAGCUCCUGCAACAUAUGUUGGAAACUAUUGUGUUAUUGUGGGAGUGGGGCACUUUCUGAUCUGAUUUACUAGAACUGAUGUAAUAAAAUAAGUACUUCUC